UUUUAUUAAAUACAACUGAUGGAGGUACAAGUUCAAAUCGUCAUGUUAUCGUCGUGGUGAGCGAGCGAAGCGAGGGUUUGAAGGUGAAAACUUUGGAGAACAAAUCUGAGACGCCAUGAAAGAGGAUUACGAGAUUGAAGAAAAGAAGCAAGCUGCUGCUGAUGUUUUGUUUCAUUACUCAGAAUUUGUGAUGGCAUGUAUAGGAAAUCGCGUUCGGCCAUGUGACUUGAGGCUGCAUUUAAUGAAGGAGAUUUCAGGGUUGCCAACUUCUCUAAAGAGGGAGUCAUCCCAAAUGGCAGCUUCUCCAGAUGCGAUGGGUGAAUCAUCUAGCUCGAGUACAAGGCUCGAUAAAGCAGACAGUUUUCGUGCACUAUAGUCUAAAGCAUAGUUUCAACGCAUUUGUUAUGUAGGGUGAUCUGCAUAUCACCAUCACUCUAUUACUCCUCUUCGUUUUUGUCCCUAUGUGUGCUGGUGUUUAUGCUUAUUCAUGUUGUGUUAUAUAACAAACCAUGUAUUUCUUUUCUUUCUUCUUGGGAAUGUGCAGAUCAUGUGUAAUUUGAUAUUCUAUGUGCAUGGGAAUAGCCCAAAAAAAUAAAAAAGUCAUGAAUCAGUAAUUUUGGCA